AUGCCUGCAAAAUGGUUUACUUUUAAUUCAGAUAAAUUUUCUAUUUUUCAUAACCAACUUACUGAUCAUAUUUGUAAGUGUACCAGUACUAAUAAUGUUAACAUUAACGAUAAUAUUAAAAUUACUUACAAAGUAAAUAGCUGUGGUCAAGAAAUAGCAUUAGAGGAUGAUGAUGAUUACGAUGCUUUUAUAAGAGAGUUCCAGAAAAUAAAAAAGUCAACCAAAAAUAUGGUUCUGUAUAUUAUGCUAAACUUCUCUGAUAAUCAUGAUAUAAAAAAAAGAAAAAAAAAGGUUAAGGAUUCGUCGGUAAUUAACAUUGAAGAUUCGGAUUCUGAAGAAGAAAAAGUAAAAACUAAAAGAGCAAAAAAAAGUGAUCAUAUACCAAAAGAGGAAAGGCUAUCAUCUAAUGAA